UGAUACCCUGAUUUCCCCUGCGCACUGCUUCUCCCCACGGCGCACGCGCACCAUCUCCUGCGCGCCGCCAGUCCGGCUUCUCCUGGCUCCUGCGCGCCGCCAGCCGUCAGCCCGUCACCGAUUGGAGAUCCUUGGAAACCUGCGCGCCGCCAGCCCGUCACCGCUUGGAGACCCGCUCAGCCGCGCUUCCCUGCGCGCCGCCAGCCGUCGCCGAUCCGUGGCCGCGUCCGCCGCCGCCAGCUCUGAGGUCGCGCCGUCAGCCAGCCCGUCUGCCGUCGUGAGGUACUGAGUUUGAACCUGGAAGCAAAAUGCACUGCUUGGCCUGUAAACACGAAGCUAUUAUAGAUGGAAAGAGAGCCAUUCCUGCUUGACAUGUUACAACACUUGGGUUUUGGUCGAAGCUGGUGCAACCUUAUUAGUCUGUUGCUUUGCACUUCCUCUACACGGAUCCUUGUCAAUGGCGAGCCUAGGGAAUACAUUCUGCAUCAUAGGGGUCUUCGGCAAGGCGAUCCUUUGUCCCCCAUGCUGUUUAUCCUUGUCAUGGAGGCUUUGAAUGCUAUGGUCAGUUAUGCUUUCAGGGAACAUAUGCUGCAGCCGAUUGCAAAUCAACAUGCCAAACAUUGUAUCUCCUUCUAUGCUGACGAUGUUGUUUUGUUCAUGCGGCCCUCUCAUCAGGAUAUCUCAGCAAUUAUCAGCAUUUUAGACAUCUUUGGUCAUGCUACUGGGUUAAAAACGAACAUCUCCAAAAGUUCUGUUACACCCAUUCAAUGUGGAGCGAAUGAGCUGACCACCAUUUCUGCCUUGUUACCAUGUGCUACAAAAAAUUUUCCCUGCACUUACUUGGGGAUUCCUCUAUCAAUCCGUAGGCUUGCUAACUCUGAUCUCCUGCCGUUUGUUGAUAAAGUUGCUGAUAAACUUCCAGGAUGGAAAGCUAAUCUUCUCAGCCGGGCUGGUCGUCUUGUCAUGGUUAAGACAGUGUUGUCUUCUGUCCCUAUCUAUCUUAUGCUUGCUUUAGAACUACCUAAAUGGGUUUUUAAGGCAAUCGAUAAGAGGAGACGAGGCUUUCUUUGGAAGGGGCAAGGUGAUGCAAAUGGAGGUAACUGUCUCGUGUCUUGGGAAGCUGUCCAGCGGCCUCUCAAGUAUGGUGGUCUGGGUAUUCUCAACCUGGAGAUGUUUGGAUGGGCCCUACGUGCCAGGUGGCUUUGGUUACAAAAGACUGACGCGUCAAGGCCAUGGGCUGGUCUCCCUAUCCGAGUGCACCGUAAUGCAAAGGCCCUCGUUGAUGUGGCUAUUACCUCAGUGGUAGGCAGUGGUGAAUCUGUGAAGUUCUGGUCUGAUUGUUGGCUCCUUGGUAAAACUGUGGCUGAACACUGUCCAACCCUUAUCCAAGUGAUUUCUAGAAGGGCUUUAAAGCGAAGAACAGUAGCUGAGGGGCUCACAAAUCGUCAAUGGGUGUCAGAUAUUCGGGGAGGAUUGUCUGUAACGGUCCUAGUAGAGUAUCUGCAGCUAUGGAACUUGGUUGAUGGGGUAGUUCUGCAACCUGACAUCGCAGACCAACACAUCUGGCGCCUCUCUGCUCAUGGUACUUAUUGUAGCAAAUCGGCCUAUGAUGCUCUCUUUGUUGGCUCUAUCCCUUUUGGCCCUUGGCGACGUGUCUGGAAGACCUGGGCCCCCUUACGAUGCAAAUUCUUUGUAUGGUUGGCAAUCAAAAACAGGGUUUGGACAGCUGAUCGACUUGCUAAAAGAGGUCUGCCCCAUCCAGUUGCUUGCCCUCUGUGUGAUCAGGCCGAGGAAACCAUCCAACAUAUUCUUGUCUCUUGCGUGUUCGCUCGGCAGAUAUGGACGUCCAUGCUACACAAUUUAGGCCUCCUUGCCAUUGUGCCUCAGCAUGGAUGCACUCGUUUCUCAAAUUGGUGGUGCCAAAGUAUCAAGAAAGUGGAGAAGAGUCUAAGAAAAGGUCUUAAUUCCUUGAUCAUUUUGGUUGCUUGGGAGAUUUGGAAGCAUCGUAAUGCUUGUGUUUUUGAGGGGGUUGUGCCCUGCACCCAGCGAGUUCAGAGUGCUGUGAUUGAGGAGGGCAACUUCUGGUGUUUGGCUGGUGCAUCAGCUCUGCAGGACCUCCUGCUGCACAAGCUCCCUAGGGGACCUUAGCAGUUUUCCUGCUGGUAGUCGUUUUUGGUCGGGUUGUUACCUUGUGUGUGUGUGGUGCGUUGUGUUUUUGCCGGAGGGGUCUCGGCCUUGGGGCCUCUGUAAUUAGGGGUUGACAAGUCUUGUCUCUCCUAUGUUCUUUUUUUCUUCUUAAUAUAAUGACACGCAGCUCUCCUGCGUUUGUUCAAAAAAAAAAAAAAAGAGAACGCCUUGAUAUACGACAGUAUUAACGCAUUAAACUAGCCAUAAUGGCCUCAUUUAGACAGGAAACCAAAAUUUUUAGUACAUAAGCUUCUUCAUCAUGAUACUAUAAUGCUAGUUUCAAAAAGAAAAGAAAAAAGAUACUAAAAUGCUAACUCAAUUACAAAGGGGAUCCUAGGAACACCACCUCCUCUUCCAAUGCACAGGUGACACUUUGCCAACCACUUGGAGGUGCAGGUCGAUUUUGUUUUAUUUCUUGAUUUCGGACUACGGCUACCACUUGGAGGUGCAGGUCGAACAAAAAGAAA